CACGCGUAACAGAGCAGCAGCAUUUCAUUCGCACCAUCUUCCCACCUCGACACUAUUUGCCUAGAGUGCGCGUCGAAGUAGCGGCACCGACAGCGUAUCAAAGGGCAGCACUAGGCCACGACGACGCAGCAUCGUCGUUGUCCCUCGCUGCGCCUUCGCCACCAUGGUGUUAGCGCCACGUCGGAGGCACGGGACAAGGCUCCUCUUCAUGUCCUUGGCCGCUCUUAUCACCUGCCUCGCUCUCUUGCCAUCUACAACGCUUGCCAGCUCCAACACCAACCCCAAGCAUGACAACAUCUUCCUCCACGUCUCGCCCGAAGAGGGACAUCGUGUCCUCAUCAGCAUCAUCUACACGUCCUUCUGGCUUGGCGCUCUUGGAUGGGACGUUUUCAGCACCAUCCACUUUGAUUACCGUGUCCUCAAAGAGACCAACUAUCGCAGCGCUUUCUCCAUCUUCAACUCACUGGCCUAUUUCAUUUCGAGGUAUGUCACCUUUACCUGGGUCCUGCGAGUCCUCCUCGAUGGCAUCACAAUGAGCGACGACUGCGCGAGUCGAUUCCAAGUGUCUGCUGCCAUGUACUCAAUCAGCGUCUGCGGUACCUACUUUGUCUUCCUGCUGCGCACCGUCAACCUCUGGAGGAUGGACUACCGAGCCGUUGUUCCCCUGAUGAUCAGCAUGACCAUUAUGAUCGGCCUCUGCGCUCCUCUUCCCUACGUCUCCAAGCCCAUCAUCCUCCAAGGAGGACCCUACUGCAACUACAGAGUCGGCAGCCACCUCUCGUACGGCGUUCUUGCGUCUUGCGCCCUCUUCGACAUCAUCAACUUCACCCUCCUCUACCUCAAGCUAGUCAAGUCCGGACAAGGUCUCAGAGGCCUUCUUCGCUCGCUGGCACCAAUGACGAAGGCAGCUUACGAUCACGAAGAGGUCGCUCGCAUGCUCUUGCAGAAGACCUUCAUCUUCAUCGCCGCACAAUUCGGCAUCCUCAUCUCCCUGGCCAUCCUCUACGCCACUACGACGGAGCAGAACUUCCAGCUGAUGCAGGUCGCCGCCUUCCAAGCGGUCUCAACGAUGAUCUGCGGCCGUAUCUUCCGCAAGGCUUGGAAGCUGACGAGGGAGCAGUCGCCUGCCAACAUCGCCCUGCCGCCCGACUACUCGCCCGACUGGGCAAGAGUCGUGGAGCGAGAUGCGUCAGUAGCUGGAGGAGCCCAAGGGAGUGAAGGUCUAGGUGGCAUUGAUGGCACUCCAGUCCUCGUCAAGAAGGAGUCGAAGAGCCUACGCGACGAUGCGUCCUACAUCGAGGGUGAGAUCAACUACUCGAUCAAGGAAUCUAAAUCGUCUAUUUUGCCCAGGACUCAAGAUCGUAAUGGCAGCAUUGCUCACAGCCACAUGAGCCGCAGGUCCAUGGCGGACGAUUCUUCUCAGAGAUCUCAACCUCAAAGUCAGUCGGGCGUGGCCAUCGAGAUGGGAGACGUGCCAAUGCCAGCAGCAUCAGCAACAGCAGCAUCAGCCUCGCCACUUGCUGUGCCUUCCAAGAAGAUCGGCGGCAUAGGACGCAACAGCCGCGACAAGCGUCGAGCCGUGACAUCGCACGGUGCUAGCUCUUCGUCCUCACCGGACAUUGGCGGGAGCAGCAGUCGACAACGCCCCUCGACGUCAUACACCCCGACGAUCUCCGCGCCCGUGCAGAUCAUCUCGCCAGGUGCGGAUGCCAACUCGUCGUCCGCCUUCAUCUCCAGCAAAGGUGAUGGCACGACGCCGUACUCCACAACCCCGCGCAAUGGCAGCAGCGUCAAAGCAUCGGUGUCGUCGCAGACGCUCACGCCUGCCAUUGCGGCCCUUGCGUCCCCGUCACGACAGGCGGGCAAAUCUUCGUCGAGGGCGAAUGUCGGAGAGAUGCAAACGGCGGGACGUCCGCGCUCCAGUAGCAGCGUCGUCUCAUCAACCUCAUCCUCCUCAUUCCCGCCAACCGCUAUCACCGCCGAUCAGCAACCGCGUCGAGGCUCCGCAACACCAUUGAGAACCACCUUCGUAGCCUCGCCACCCAUGACAGCCGCCUCGACGCUCGCCCCUGCGACUCUCACAGUUGGUCCCUCUUCAUCUAGCAAAAAGACCGUCACACCAACCCUCAGCCGUCGUCCCAGCGCCGUCGAUGCCGAACAGUCCGCGGGGUCCCCCGACCCACUCGAUGCAUUCCGCAGCGCCGUCCACGCAGACGAGGCGCGGCACGCCAGUGGCAGCAGUGGUCUCGAUGUCGGCGGGCGGCCUACUACGAGUCGCGGCGGACCUGUUGCACCCUUUGGCUCUCGGGAGAGGACAAGAAGUCACUCCACUGACAAGACCGUGACUGGCGUGAGCGUUGGCUCGGCGGUAGCAGCAAGGCCCUCAUCGUCUGUGCGCCCUGUCAGCCCCGCUCGCCCCGGCACGUCUCAUGGUCCAGCUAGCGCUGCUCCUGCUGGAUCUUUCGUCCGUCUCCGCGCGCCACCGCCUUCGACUGCGGCUGCAGGAGCCUCGGGCUCUGUGUCCUCAUCGCAGCGACCUGGCACGGCCAGUGAUGCGCCGACCAGCAAGCCUCCGCCCUUCGCCUCCACCACACCACUCUCAGCCCCCGUCUCGCCCAAAUCGAGCAGCCAUGCGCCGCUACCCGUCAACGCCAGUGCGACCGCCGAGCCACCAGCCUCCGCCUCCUCCGCAAUCGACGAGGCAUACCGUGAGCUCGAGGAGAUGGCCUCGCUCAGCCGCACGAACAGUAUCGCUACUACGUCGGCGCACACAGCUACUACCGUUGACACCUCUGAAGGUGGUGGCCACGAUUGAAACUCCCGCUUCUGAGCCGCUGCCGCCCCCCCUCCUCCCACUCGAAUCCCCCCUCUGCCAUCCCCCUCGUCAUAUCAGCAUCUCUCCCCACUUUUCUUGUCCUAUAAUCUCUCGACCAUGCCUCUCGUUUACUCAUCAUACCACCGGCACCAGCACCACGCGUGCACCAAACGACGCCAAAGCACGCACAACACUCGUACGUACCUCUUAU